UUUAUGAAAAAAUUCAGGGGAGGUUUAAGUCAUCAAUGAAGAUUCAUCAACCCAUGCACUGUAUAGUUGAGUAUCACUGUGGUCAGUCCCGUCUUUCGCCAACUCCUUAUUCGUUAAAAUUCCAAGCUUUUGAAUUGAACGCUCCGCAGCGCAGCACUCGACUCUUUUGGUCUUGUCUUGGUUACUCGAAUUGGAUUUUAAAAUGCAGAUGCGUUGCCAUGCGAUUCUCAACAAUGCUGCUUUCAACUUGCAACUCCUGCUCCCGCCCGGCCAAAACCGUAGAGCAGAAGGCCAUGUCUUUUCUCCAACACUGUAACAAACUCCACCAUCUCUACCAACUUCAUGCUUUCAUCAUCAAAACCUCUCUGGAUUGUAACAAGUUCAUCAUCGCCAAGUUCUUGCGUCGGUUCUUUUCGUCUUCUUCCACCUCCUCUGAAGCCUUACCUUACACCCGUUUGCUUUUUGACAGUAUCCCUUACCCUGAUACCUUCAUUUGGAAUACCAUGAUCCGAGCUUACUUAGAUGCCCACAACCCCAGGGAAUCCAUCUCCCUUUUCUUCCAAAUGCAACUUCAACUGCGCAUACCAGUAGACAGUUUCAGCCUUUCUCUUGUUGUCCAGGCAUGUGGUAGAUCCCAUGAUACUUGGAAUGGUUUCAGGGUCCAUACCCAAAUUCUGAAACUUGGCUUCUCUUCUGAUUUGUUUGUUCAAACGGCUCUUAUCGAAAUGUAUUCGAAAUUUGGUGAUAUGGUUAUUGCACGGAAGAUAUUGGAUGAAAUGAACGAACCAGAUUUAGUUUCUUAUAAUGUUCUGUUGUCAGAGUAUGUGAAGGCUGGGGAAAUUGAAUUAGCACGUCAUUUGUUUGAUAAUAUGCCGAAUAAAGACUUGGUUUCUUGGAAUACCAUGAUUCAUGGGUAUGCAGCACAUGGUAGUGUGGCAUCGGCAAGAAAGUUGUUCGAUGCAUGUAUCCAACGGGAUUUGGUUUCUUGGAGCUCAAUGAUUUCGGCCUAUGCUAAAAGCAGGCAAUCCAACGAGGCAUUGAGGCUAUUUCACGACAUGCAACUGGCAAAGGUGAUGCCUGAUGGAAUCACCAUGGUUAGUGUCUUGUCUGCCUGUGGUGACAUAGGAGCCUUGGGCAUGGGCAAGAUGGUUCAUGAGUACAUAGAGAGAAGUGGUAUUAAGAUUGACGUCAAACUUGGAACUUCUUUAGUGGACAUGUAUGCAAAGUGUGGGGACAUUGACAACUCACUCGUAGUCUUUAGUAAGAUGGAUGUUAAGGAUGUCCUCACUUGGAGUUCCAUGAUCAUGGGACUUGCGAACCAUGGGCUUGGAGAGGUUGCAUUGGAUUAUUUCUUGAAGAUGACAGAGGAAGGAAUUAAUCCAAAUGACAUUACAUUUGUUGGUGUGUUAACUGCAUGCAGUCAUGUUGGGCUCAUCAGCAAGGGAUGGGCAUUCUUCACAUCCAUGAAUGAUGUUUACGGUGUCACUCCAAAGCUUGAACACUAUGGAUGCAUGGUUGAUAUUUUGGGUAGGGCAGGGCAUCUUCAAGAUGCGAGGGAGCUCAUUAAGAGCAUGCCCUUUGCACCAGACGCCAUUGUUUGGAGGACUCUACUCAGUGCUUGUAGGGUCCACAAAAAUGUGGAACUAGCGGAAGAAGCUAUACUUAAUCUUAUGGAAUUGGAACCUGAUGAUGAUGGGAACUAUGUUCUCCUAUCAAAUAUAUAUGCCCAAGCCAAGAUGUGGAGCAAUGUGGUGAAUGUCAGGAGGAUGAUGAGAAGCAGGAGUAUCAUUAAGGUUCCAGGGAGUAGUUCGAUUGAAGUCGACAAUACAGUUCAUGAAUUCAUUGCAGGCGACAAAUCACACCCUAAGUCAAAGGAGAUUUAUGAAAUGUUGGCUGAGAUGCAUGAUCGAUUAGUUCACGUUGGAUACAAACCGUUGACAUCAACAGUUUUACAAGAUUUGAAUGACCAAGCAAAAGAGGAGGUAUUAUCUCAUCAUAGUGAGAAGCUAGCAAUUGCUUUUGGGCUUCUCAACACUGUUCCAGGGUCCCCUAUUCGUAUUGUAAAGAACCUACGAGUAUGUGAGGAUUGCCAUCUUGCAAUUAAGCUUGCCUCUGCAAUCUAUGACCGAAAGAUAAUUGUUAGGGACAGAAACCGAUUUCACCAUUUUGUUGAAGGUUCAUGCUCUUGUGGUGACUUUUGGUGAAAGAAUUACUAGGAUUCACUCAUUCAGUGAUUGGAGACAAGGGUCUAUGCCUUGCUCAGCAACAUCAUCUGAUGGUGGUUGGUUAGUGAAGAUAAAGACGGGUACUAGUUAUUGCUUCUAUACAGCACCAAAUUGUUAUUUCUUACAACCUAAAAGGAGAAUAUGCCAAGUACAUAGAACCUAUCUUUCCACAAGAUACAUUUCAUCAGUCAAAGCAGGCACCUUCAAGCCCUCGUGUCAUCUUGAAUGUGGUUCUGUGUCAGACUCAAACAUCAGAAUUUCUACUUUUUAAGAUAGUUUUCAAUCAAAUCAAAGAAGACCAAAUGCAAAAGGGAGAACAACCAUCAUGAUUGAUGGUGCAUAAUCCUUUUUUCUUCAAUUGCUUCAUGAUUGAGAAGUUGCAUCGUAAUUUCAUAUUACACUGAGUUAGCAAUGGUGGCUGCAGAACUGGGUCAUGUGGAAAUGAGGAAGGAGAUAGAAUCUAUAUAUGAAGAGCUUUUGGUACCUUGUAUUUUAAGUACUGAAAACCACGGGUGGUAGUUACUUGAUUUCAUGGUGUUUUUUAUUGAUGGUUAUGCAAAAUACAUGGAUUGAGCUCAUAGAAAUAUUCUUCAAUAAAGUGACAGUAUUGGAUUACCUCAUUUUGGAUUGUUUUGAUUAAUGGGAUUGGAAUGUAAGAAAGCAAUCUUCUGAAGUGUAUGCCACAGAGAAAUUUGAUCCCCUGAAAUGGUAUGGUUGACCAGGAGUGUGCAUCUACUGCUAACAUGGUCAAAGCAAAACCUUGUGACCCAACCAAAAAAAGAAACUUUAGUACCUUUGUGUUUUGAAAUUUGAGCAGAUUUGAGCUCAUUGAUAAGGACAUGAAAUAUGGGGGUCUAAAAACUCCAAUUGGUUGAUAAGUACAAGACAGAAAUAUUGUCAUGUUGAAUUUAAGGAUCUCAAGGUUUGAACAGGGUGCUUGUGAGGCCACUGGCCAUGCCACGGAGAGCCUGCAGUUCUACUGCUUUGGUCCUGCGCCUUUUUCUGGAAGGACACCAAGUGAACAUCUCAACUACUGGGUCUCUAGGCAUAAUGCCUGCUUCUCAUGUGCCCCAUUUGGAUGAUGUAGAUAGAGGGAAUGGUUACUUCCUCGUCUCUUCUGAUGCAAGUGUUUCCUUUAUCCACAAACAUCUAACAUUUUCAGAUAUUUGAAUUCUGCUUCUGUCAGGCAGUGCAUGAUGCUAUCUCUACAAGGAGAACACCUUUGUAGUGGAGACAUUUAAGACUCUUGAUUUUUGUGUAUUAAAGGGAAAAUGCACCUUAUAUGUGGGUUCACUUCAUUGCUUGAACUCCAAGGGAUGUGUACAUGGUGAGAUUAUAAUGGAGAUCCAUGUAACUUGAACUCCAGUAAGCGGGUUUGGAGCUGGUGCUUUGGUGGCAAAGUGUUCAUCAGAGUUAGAGUAUCUUUCACAGGUCCAAUGUUUUAGUUGCCUCAAUCUAUAUUGGAGUCUGGGACUAUUGUCGUCACGUGUCUUGCAUUUGAUGUAUGUAACUGAAAUUCUCCAAUUUAUUUUGUUGUAUUAUUUGAUAAACUGGUAUUUUAAUGCAGCAUUAAUGCUGAGGAAUGUAUUUUGAUUCGAAUA